GGUGAUCUCUUGUUCUGUCCGUCACUUGCGCAUGUCCGAGCUCUGCUGUCUUCUGAAGUCCUGGUUGAUCAGGCGGACCAGUCGAGUCCAGGCGUGUUGAGCCGAGUUGGGCCUGCUCAAAAUGGCGUUGCAGGUGGUGGUGAUGUUGAUGAUGGGGGUGGUAGUGUUGGUGGUGAUAGGGGGAGGGGAGGCCUCGACCUCACCCGCAUGGUAUAUAAACGGCGAGUAAAGCUGUGGGGCCCAGCAUCUUUUGUCCCCGGGAGGUGUGCAUCACUCGAAUUCUCCUCAGGCCUCGGAUCCGUCGAGCUGUGCGCCCCGCGAAGACGCACUCCCACGAAUCGGUACCCGCGUACUCGGUCCGAGUCCACGUGCACACCCGCACGUCGCUCUUUGACACAUCGGAUCGGAUCAGAUCGGUUUAGAUCGGAUCGGAUCAGAUCAGAUCAGAUCAGAUCAGAUCAGAUCGGAUCGGAUCGGAUCAGAUCAGAUCGGACCGGGACGGGACGGGAUUGUCUUGAAAGGCAGACGUCUCUCCGGUGGACUGGUGUCUGUCUCCGGCCCAUCUGA